AUGUACAUAUCUCGACUGGCUACCAUUACUUCCUGCGUCUCUUUGAGUACUGCAAUCACUGUCACAUAUAUCGGAUUCUACGAUGAUGAUACUCUCCCACUCACUGAGUUGGCGUGCUGGAAAGACAGCCGAAUCGUCGAAGGUCAAGAUUGGGCGACGCUAGGCGAUGUCACGUAUCAAAUAGCGGGUUAUGAGGAGAUUGAUAAACCCGACUCUCCAUUCUGCGGCUCCUGCUGGUCACUGAGCUAUGGGGAUACCAGUCGAUCUGUUCUUGUUCUCAACAGCGCUCAAGCCGGGUCUGGAUUUGAGACUUCACUGACAGUUAUGAACUCUCUCACCGGUGGCAAGGCGGGGCAGCUUGGUCGCGUGAAUAUUACUGCGCACCGAACGGAGCUUUUGGACUGUGGCGUUGCGACUGAGCCAACUGAGGAAGAGCCAGUUCUGUGGCCUAACUAUGAGACUUGUUUCAACCAAUGA